AUGCGAAGAGACUGCAAGAUCCCCCUGCGAGGCUCCCUCCAGUACCUCCUUGGUUUUCUCCUCCUCCUUCCCCUUUCACAUUCUUACCCCUUUUCCCUUUCCCCCUGUCCUUCACUUUGUACGUGUUAUCCCUCACCCCCAACAGCCAGCUGCCAAUCACACAACCUAUCCCGUGUUCCCUCACCUCUGCCUAGUCAGGCACGAAGAGUUUUCCUACAAAACAACCAGAUCUCAGAUCUUGGCCCUGGGCUAUUUUCUCCCUUCACAUCUGUCCUUUGGCUUUUUUCAAAUCGCAUCUCUGUCUUGCGUCCUGGGACAUUCCAAGGUUUGGAGCACCUCGAGGAGCUAGACCUAGGCAAGAAUCCCAGUUUGCCACCUCUUCAGCCUGACACCUUCAGUGGCCUCAAUUCUUUGCUGUCCCUGCACCUGUAUCAGUGUAAUAUCCACAGGCUACCUGCAGAGCUGUUCCGAGGCCUCCACUCAUUGCGCUACCUCUACCUUCAACACAACCACCUGAUAGGCCUGCCGGAUGCCUUGUUCCGUGACCUGUCAAACCUCACACAGUUGUUUUUGUAUGGAAACCUGUUGCAGUCUCUCCCAGCCGGAACGUUUCUCGGUCUCUCAAGCCUGGAUCGGCUGUUGCUUCAUAGUAAUCGCCUUGUGACUAUCUCCCCUGCGGCUUUCAGUGGUUUGAGCAGCCUCACCAUACUCUUCCUCUUCAAUAACAGCCUACCAUCCCUCUCAGGAGAUUGUUUGCGUUCCCUACCUUCUCUGCAGUUUUUGCGUCUGAAUGGGAACCCAUGGCAUUGUGACUGUAGUUGCCGAUCACUGUGGGGUUGGUUUCGGUCCUCCCCGGGGAUCUCUAGCUCCCCAGUGACCUGCUCCUCCCCACCAGCUUUUCGAGGAAGAGACCUGCGCUCCCUUGAGGAGCGGGAUCUACGGUUUUGUAGCUCUCAUAACCCCAUCCCCACAGGAAAUCUGUCAGGAUUAUCCUUUCCACCGAAACCUUCCUCUUUCUAUAGAGGUCAACCUGGCCCAAGUCAGAAUGAGAUCAAGGAAUGGGAAGAUAGGAUAGAGGAGGUGGGAGAGGAUAUUGGUGACAGUUUGAAUGCUGGUGGAGGUAGAGGUGGUCUAAGCAUAAUGCUUCUGUUGGCUUUGCUCAUUUGGAAUGUGGAAAUGGACCUUUGA